AUCAAUUGAAAGAAAUAAUCUUUUAUUCUUUCUUUCCAUGGCCUCUUCUUCUCCUUCUAAUCCCUUCCUCGUCGCUGCUUCCUUUUCUCUCGCUUGUUUCUUCUACUUCCUUUUCAUUUCUGAGAACAAAAGCUUUGUUAAUGCAAUAAGAUCAGAAGAAGCUUUCGAGUUUCAACAUACUCAUCAUCGCGUUACUCUCGACUCUCUCUCUCCUUCUUCCUCUUGCAGCUCCCAUCAAGGUGGAAGCAGGAAUGGAUCCAUGGAAAUGGUACACAAGCACGGGCCAUGUUCCAAGCUGAAGCAACGCUCAUCCUCAUCAUCAUUGACUUCGUCUUCAUUCAUUAUACCACACAGCGAAAUCUUGAAGCAGGACGAAGCCAGAGUGAGGGCAAUCAACUCCAUGCUUUCCAGAACACUGAACCUCCAAGAAGCUAAUACUUCAAAGAUUCAGGUUCCGGCGAGGUCCGCCAUCUCUCUUGGGAGGGGGAACUACUACGUCACGGUGGGGCUGGGAACCCCCAAGACUGAUCUAUCUCUAGAAUUUGAUACCGGCAGUGACCUGACUUGGACUCAGUGUAAGCCCUGUACUGGUUCUUGCUACAAACAGAAGGAUUCCAUCUUCGAUCCUUCACAGUCAUCUUCCUACUCUAAUAUUCCCUGCACCUCUUCUCUGUGUUCCCGACUUUCCUCGGCGUGUUAUGCACCAACAAAAGCAUGCUUAUACCGUAUUAAAUAUGGCGACGGCUCCUCCGCCAUUGGCUCCUAUGCCAAGGAAACACUAACCAUACCUCCCAAUGACGUCUUUCAAAACUUCCUCUUUGGCUGUGGCCAGGACAAUCGAGGUAUCUUCAGGGGCACCGCCGGACUGAUAGGCCUCAGUCGCAGCGCCGUCUCCAUCGUCCAACAAACAGCCCAGAAUUACGGCAAAAUCUUUUCCUACUGCAUCCCCUCCACCCCCAGCACCGUCGGCUACCUCAGCUUCGGCGGGGCGUCCUCCAAGAGCAACAUCAAAUACAUUUCGUACCAUUCCAUCUCGGAGGCCCCCUCCCUCUACGGCGUCAAUCUCAUCGGAAUCAAUCUCGGUGGCGUCAAUCUACCGAUCUCAGCCUCCACGUUUUCCUCUGGCACGAUCAUCGAUUCGGGAACUGUCAUCACACGACUCCCUCGGGCGGCGUACGGUCCCCUGAGAGAAGCUUUUGGGAGAUUCAUGUCCGCGAGGUACCCGAAGGGGGAUCCGGACGACUUACUGGACACAUGCUACGAUAUGAGUGGCUUCAACACUGUUUCCAUUCCAAAGGUAUCGUUGACGUUCGAAGGUGGGGUGAAGGUGGAGUUGGACGUAAUAGGGACUGUGUACAUAUUGAGCACAAGGCAGGUGUGUUUGGGGUUCGCUGCGAAUCAAAAUGACGACGACGUGGCUAUCAUCGGAAAUAAUCAGCAGAAAACACUGGAGGUAGUGUACGACGUUGACGGUCCCAGGAUUGGGUUUAGAGCUGGUGGCUGCAAGUAAUUAAAGCGAAAUAUCUUUAAUAAGUCUAUAAAACUAGUUUUUGGCUGCCUACAAUAAAUCCGUAAGAGGAAGUGAGGAAGUGAAAAAUGUAACCAAUAGCUGGUAAUUAUAUACGACGAUGUUUACAUGACUUUGUUUUUA